AUGGCCCCCGUGGGGAUAAAGUCGGGGAAAUUUAGCCAGUCGGAACUUGCAGGCUUCGGGGAUUCCCAUGUAAUGGAUAUACCCCCAUACAAUUCAAUAUGGUUGCGCCGCUUCCUGGGGGAGACGGCCAUUUCGGCCAAGCGGGCCGAACUCGCGGGCAAAGGUGGAAUAUGGGGUCUACUGAGCAACAAGAAGACCUCUGCGAUUGGACUAUUCGCCUCUCUGGGUGGCUUGGUGUAUGGAUACAACCAGGGAAUGUUCGCGCAGGUCUUGACCAUGAACUCAUUCCAGAAAGCUACGCAAGGAUACGCUGCGACUACGAGUAUCCAGCAGGGCAUGUUAACCUCAAUUCUCGAGCUCGGUGCUUGGGUCGGAACUUUGUUUAAUGGUUAUCUCGCCGAUGCUGCCGGUCGUCGACUCACUGUGCUGAUUGCCGUUGUUGUGUUUUGCGUCGGUGUGAUUGUUCAGGCAUGCACGCAGAAUAAGGACUAUGUCUUUGCGGGUCGGUUCGUGACUGGUCUGGGUGUGGGUAGUUUGAGUAUGGUUGUGCCGCUGUAUAAUGCCGAGCUGGCCCCUCCUGAGAUUCGUGGAUCGCUCGUUGCUGUGCAGCAAUUGGCGAUUACUUUUGGUAUCAUGGUUAGCUUCUGGAUCGGCUACGGAACAAACUACAUCGGCGGCACCGGCGACUCCCAAUCCAACGCGGCCUGGCUCAUCCCCAUCUGCAUCCAGAUCCUACCAGCCAUUAUCCUCGCCGCCGGUAUGAUGUUAUUCAUGCCCCAAUCCCCACGCCAUCUAAUGAACACCGGUCGUGACGAGGAAUGUCUGCAAACUCUGGCCCGUCUGCGCGGUACCUCUACUGAUGACUUGCUCGUUCGAAUUGAGUACCUGGAAAUCAAGAGUCUACAUCUCUUUGAAAAGGAAACUGCUGCUGAAAAGUAUCCCCAUUGGCAGGAUGGAUCAUUUAAGAGUCGUUUCCAGAUUGGUUUGCAUGAUUAUAUGUCGCUUAUUACGAAUCCGUCUUUGUUUAAGAGGACUACCGUUGCUUGCAUGAUCAUGGUCUUCCAGCAGUGGAAUGGCAUCAAUGCGAUUAACUACUACGCACCCUUCAUCUUCGAAGACAUGGAACUCCCAGGCAACACAACAACCCUCUUAGCAACCGGAGUCGUCGGCAUCGUCGAAUUCCUCUUCACCAUCCCUGCCGUCCUAUGGGUCGAUCAAAUCGGACGCAAGAAGAUCCUCAUCGCCGGUGCAGCCGGUAUGGCCAUCUGCCACUUCAUCGUGGCGGGUAUCAUCGGCGCGUAUCAGCAUGACUUUGGCGAGCACCGCGCUGCGGGAUGGACUGUUAUCGUGUUUGUGUGGAUUUUCGUGAUUAACUUUGCGUAUUCGUGGGGUCCCGUUGCAUGGAUUGUCACGUCGGAAGUCUUCCCGCUUAGUAUGCGCGCCAAGGGCGUUAGUAUCGGCGGUAGCAGUAACUGGCUAAACAACUUCGCCGUCGCAACUGCUACAUCACCCUUCCUCGACAAGAGCGCCCUCGGUGCAUUCAUCUUCUUCGGCUGUGUGACUACCAUUGGUAUCGUAUAUGUGAUCUUCUUCGUUCCUGAAACUCGCGGUCGCACGCUCGAGGAGAUGGAUGAGCUCUUCGGGACGGCUGGUAUGGCUGCUGCUGAUGCCGCCCGCAAGGCUCGCAUUGAGAGUGAGAUUGGACUUUUGGCCCUGGUCGGUGUUGAGAGUCCGGAGAGUGAGAAGAAGGUGGAGGAGGUUUCGCAUAGUGAGGAGUAUGUUCGUGAAGACGAGGGUGUUAAGCAGACGUAG